AUUUGAUUUAUUAUAAUGCAAGAUUAUCGGUUUUAAAUGCAUGGAGAAAAGAAUUUUUAGCCAUAAUUGUUUUGUAAGGAAUUAUCACUUGUAAAAGAACACGUAAUUUCUCUAUAAAAUCAACGCAGUUAAUAUGAUAAGCAGUGGUUAUGAAACCUUUAUGUUUGUUGUGGUUAAAUAAAUUUAUUUGAAAUGUUAAUUGAGCUGUGAUAACCUUCUAUUAGGAGGUACAAUAUGUCAUGUUACAGCUUUUGUCGUACAGGAUCAAAGAACGACAAAUAUUUCCUGAAUCCAACUCUUAUCCGUAGAUUUUAAAGUGUUUACAAGCAAUUUCACAUCAAAGCACUUUUUUUCUUACAUGUUGAAAUGUAAUUAUUCGUAUGAUUAAUGGAAAACAAGUUACUCCUUUUAGAGGUUAUGGAAAGGGUUUGUAAUAUAUCAAGUGUAUUUCAAUGUUACGUAAAAAGUUUGUCCACGUAAAAGACAAAUUAAUGUAAAGCAAAUACGUAGUUUGCGCUUCAAAAUCACUUACGAACUGAAAACUAUAGGAAUUCAGAAAAUAUUCAGAACCAAAUUAUAAAAAUGAAUGAGAUAAUAAAAAUGAUUCUGAUGUUAGUAAUUAAAAAAUAUCGCUAAUAACUGUAAGACAGUUAUUUCUGUGAUUAAAAUGUAUAUAUAUUAACAAUGUUUGAUGUCAGUGAUGGACAAACUUGAAUAUGAUGCAGACUCCAUAGCAUAAACAUGGAGCUUGAAUUGUUAAAAUAUUUUGGGGAGUCACAUGUUAAUUUUAUUAAAUCUUGAUUUUAUUGACAAACCAAAGAAACCAGAAUUGUAGUGCCUAUUGUUAAAUGUCAGUGUGUUAUUAUAUGUAAAUGAAGUUUUAUUGUGAUCAGUCUCAAACCUCAACAGAACGUGAGGUAGUAAUCAGUUGUGUUCACAAGUCCCAGAUAUGAUGCUUUGACCCAGAGACAUAGGUAGUUGAUCUACCUCUAUUUUUUGCCGUCUUAAUUCGACCAUAUCUUCUCUUAUCAAAAUUUCUCUGCUUGACUUUUAUAUAAAGUUAGGUUAGGUUAGCAAUAGAUUGGAGUAUGGAAGGCAGUGCCACUCCGUUUCGUAACAACUCUGUACUUACGUAUCGCUGGCAUUUGGCUGGAUAAUGAUAGCCCAUCCUUUUGUGUCGCUCUAGUCGGGCAGAUAUGUCAACCCGCACAGACCAUUUAUCUCAGCGUCAUGGUACUUAAUGUGACGACGCAGACUUCAGAUAGACGUGCGCAUUGUUAGCAGACGCAACGGUGAAUAUGGCGGUACAAUUUGACUAAAUUAUGUUGUGCAUUCGUUGGAUAUCAUUUUAUGUGAAACCCUUCAUUUGGAUUUAGAAAUGUUUCAGAUUAUUUUUAGUUUUGGUUACAUUUAAUAUAAUUCUGUGUCUCACCGCGUCGCUGUUCAAAGAGUGCAGCAUACCACGCGGAAACAAAACACCUACCUUGAUAGUCCAAGCUCAAAUGAAUUUUCAAAACAUUUGUCAUGACAACUUAUGAAAACGGAAACAAUGUAAAAUGUUAAUUAUUUAACUGUGAGAAACAGGUAUAUUUAAUAUGAUGUCUGUGUAGUAUGAGAGUUGAUGAUUAUUUCAUUUUUGAAUUGCGUAGUUAUUGUUUUCGUUUCUUCGUGUUUACUAACUGGUAUCUUGAACCACGUAGUAGUUGUGAUUUCCUGUCAUAAUAGAUACUGUUGUGAAACUAAAAACAACGAAAACGCACGGGACAUGAAGGAAUAUCUCACGAAAAAUCAAAUAAUUUACUAACAUAAAAUGCUAAAAGUUUUUGUGUUGUUUGUUAUGACACAAAAGAGUCUCUUUGUGUCUGUUUUUGCACCGUGCAGCAGUCCUCCUUCUAGGCAAGUGGAACUUUUCGUGCUGUAUUAUAAGAUUGUUUAUAUUCUGCGAAACCAUUUGAAGCUGGUGAAACCAUCAUUUAAUAAUCAAGAAUGGCAAAACACAUUCCAGUGAGAAGGGUCUGUACCGCUUUGUUGAUAGCCUCGGAAGCUGUGACAGCUCUAAACCAGCGGGGAGUAAUACAACAGUCCGGAGCGACACUAGAGCUAGUUGCUUCAGAUGUGCUUGACCAUUAUCGUACUUACAGCCUCUUAGAGAGAUUGCUCCACAAUCCACCAAAGUUAGCUGAACAGCUUGCCUUCCAGAUAGAGCCACAGACAAGAAGGCUCCUUAUAGAAAAGUAUUAUGAAUUUGAUGAUGCUGUGAUACGGGAAUUACUGGGAAAGAAGCUGUCCUCUCGCCAUAGGAAGGAUUUGGAUGAAGUGAGUGAAAAGACAUGUGUGCUUCUCAAAUCUUGCAGAAGACAGUUUGACAAUGUGAAGAGAGUGUUUAAAGUUGUGGAAGACAUGCAAGGCUCUGUUGUCCAGAACAUCAAAACAAAUUUCCUUCUGCCCGAGGAACUGGCCAGGCGCUACGGAGCUGUUGUUUUUAUCGCUUGCAUAAAGUUUGAAACCGGCAAGAAGAAACUUCAGUACCUCACAUUUCCCGACUUCUAUCAUUGCGCGCAGUCCAUCAUGGCUUCGUGGACUUACGUGGAUAAAGGCGUUCCUGAGUACGAUGAUAAAGAAUUGGACAGGGAAUUUCUUCUGGAUCUCAGGGAGCUCAGGAUAUUGCUUGAGAAAGAAAAAGAACACAAGCACUUAGUGUGUCAGAAACUGAAACCACAACUGCUGGAGCGUUCAUACCAAGAACUGGACGCUAACUUCAGAUCGUACACGCGUGCGCUGGUGGGCCUCGCGUGCAACCUUCAUCGUUCCCGUGAACUACGGUCCUUGUUUCUUGAAUUGGUGGAGAGGUGCCUGGAGCCCUGGAGACAAGUUUCCUGGUCGCACACAGAUCUGCGGAACUUCCUCGCGUGUUACUUCCAGUGUGCUCUUGAAAUGGAUGUGCUGAGGGAGGCUGAUUUAAAGAGUUCCUGGGAGCGGUACCUGACGGUCGUAACAAGCUGCCUGCUGCGCAUGUACCACACCUAACGGAUCGUGAUCAUGCGACCGUAGAGAGGAAACUUCAGGUGACGUGAUGUUUUGUGUGUGUGUGUGUCGGACUUUGUGCUGAUGUUAUGAAUAAAGUGUGACUUCCAGUUUA